UUUAACCAGCUUUUUUCUCCUGUUUUAAAUAAGUUUAUUUAGACAAUGGAAAGAAAAAAACAAACAGCCUCUUGAGUGACUGUGGGUUUGUAAAUAUAAUCCUAAAAGUUUUUCAUGGUGUGGUUAUUUGCUUGCUCAUAUUUAUUAACCUGUUAACUCUUCCGCUAGUCAGAAAAUUGACAUGUAAAAUAUUCUUUGAGGAACGUUACAAGUUUGCUGUUGUAUUCGGGCAUCCUGUUAUUCAUCAGCUUAGUUAGCAUCUGUCUUCCCCCGAAGUGGUACCAAAGCCGGUCCCUUGGCGACGGGUCUUGCAUGUGACACUCUUGCCCUCUAGUGCCUCACUAGCUUGGUAGCAGUUUGAUGGCUAAUAUUAAUAAGAUGUUACAUAACAUGAGAGUACUGGGCCAGGACUGGUGUUGCUGCCACUUGUAAAGUCAAAAAGCCUGAGCCGAUGGUAACGAGUGGUACUGUUUCCGUUUCUUUUCCAUCUAUUGCAACUUUCUCAAGCAUUUUCAGCUCUGAACUUUAAUUCCAGACUGUAUUUUCUGUGAGUCCUGAUCAAGUGAUACAAAUGAGCUGCAAUGGUGACAUAAACUCUUGACAGAGAUUGGAAAAGUAGCUGGAACACCAUCUUUUCUUUUAACUUUUUAUGGUGCUUCUGUUGGCAUAGUUGGGGAAAGCACCUACAACAUGAGUUUUAUCAUGAAGCUUCACAGACACUUUCAAAGAACAGUCAUUCUGCUUGCCACUUUUUGUAUGGUGAGCAUUAUCAUUUCUGCUUACUACCUGUACAGUGGCUACAAACAGGAAAAUGAACUCUCUGAGACGGCUUCAGAAGUUGACUGUGGCGACCUCCAACACCUACCAUAUCAACUAAUGGAAGUGAAAGCAAUGAAGCUUUUUGAUGCCUCAAGGACAGACCCCACAGUCCUAGUAUUUGUAGAGAGCCAGUACUCAUCUCUUGGUCAAGACAUCAUUAUGAUUCUAGAAUCAAGUAGAUUCCAGUAUCACAUUGAAAUUGCCCCUGGAAAGGGAGAUCUCCCAGCGCUUAUAGACAAAAUGAAAGGCAAAUACAUUCUCAUUAUUUAUGAGAAUAUUUUAAAGUAUAUAAAUAUGGAUUCCUGGAAUCGAAGCCUUCUAGAUAAAUACUGUGUAGAAUAUGGUGUGGGUGUCAUUGGAUUCCACAAAACUAGUGAGAAGAGUGUACAGAGCUUUCAGUUAAAAGGUUUCCCUUUUUCCAUAUAUGGAAAUCUUGCAGUAAAAGAUUGUUGUAUUAAUCCUCAUUCUCCAUUGCUUCGUGUGACCAAAUCUUCCAAGCUUGAAAAAGGUUCUUUACCUGGAACUGACUGGACAGUUUUUCAGAUUAAUCAUUCAGCCUAUCAACCAGUAAUAUUUGCCAAAGUAAAGACCCCAGAAAACCUUUCUCCUUCCAUCUCUAAAGGUGCUUUUUAUGCCACUAUCAUACAUGACCUGGGGCUUCAUGAUGGAAUUCAAAGGGUUCUUUUUGGCAACAACUUGAACUUUUGGCUGCACAAGCUCAUCUUCAUAGAUGCCAUCUCCUUCUUAUCAGGGAAGAGGCUGACAUUGUCCUUGGACAGGUACAUUCUUGUGGAUAUUGAUGAUAUAUUUGUGGGAAAAGAGGGAACAAGAAUGAACACCAAUGAUGUAAAGGCCCUGCUUGAUACUCAGAAUCUUUUGCGUGCACAAAUCACAAAUUUUACAUUCAACCUGGGAUUUUCAGGGAAAUUUUACCAUACAGGAACUGAAGAGGAAGAUGAAGGAGAUGACUGUCUGUUGGGGUCUGUGGAUGAGUUCUGGUGGUUUCCUCACAUGUGGAGCCAUAUGCAGCCCCACCUCUUCCACAAUGAGUCAUCUUUGGUGGAGCAGAUGAUUCUCAACAAAAAAUUUGCCUUAGAGCACGGCAUUCCAACGGACAUGGGCUACGCUGUGGCCCCUCACCAUUCGGGCGUUUACCCUGUACAUGUUCAGCUUUACGAGGCCUGGAAGAAGGUCUGGAAUAUUAAAAUCACCAGCACUGAAGAAUAUCCACAUCUGAAGCCAGCUAGAUACCGGAGAGGUUUUAUCCACAAAAACAUCAUGGUUCUCCCAAGACAAACCUGUGGGCUUUUCACUCACACCAUUUUCUACAAAGAAUAUCCAGGGGGUCCUAAAGAGCUGGAUAAGAGUAUCCAAGGAGGAGAACUUUUCUUCACUGUCGUCCUCAACCCUAUCAGCAUUUUCAUGACCCAUUUGUCCAACUAUGGGAAUGACCGACUGGGAUUAUAUACAUUUGUUAAUCUGGCCAACUUUGUGAAGAGCUGGACCAACCUGCGACUUCAGACUCUGCCUCCAGUACAACUGGCCCACAAGUAUUUUGAGCUGUUUCCUGAUCAGAAAGACCCUCUCUGGCAGAAUCCUUGCGAUGACAAACGCCACAGAGACAUUUGGUCUAAAGAAAAAACUUGUGAUCGCUUACCAAAAUUCUUGGUAAUAGGACCCCAGAAAACUGGUACCACUGCUUUGUAUUUGUUCCUGGUUAUGCAUCCUUCCAUCCUUAGUAACUCCCCCAGCCCAAAAACCUUUGAGGAGGUACAGUUCUUUAAUAGAAAUAACUACCACAGGGGGAUUGAUUGGUAUAUGGAUUUCUUCCCAGUCCCAUCUAAUGUCACUACCGACUUUUUGUUUGAGAAGAGUGCCAAUUACUUCCACUCAGAGGAAGCCCCUAAAAGAGCUGCUUCUCUGGUUCCCAAAGCCAAGAUUAUCACCAUUCUCAUUGACCCUUCAGACCGAGCAUACUCCUGGUACCAGCAUCAACGAUCACAUGAAGACCCUGCAGCUCUGAAGUUUAGCUUCUACGAAGUGAUCUCAGCAGGUCCCCGUGCACCCUCGGAGCUCAGAGCCCUGCAGAAGAGAUGUUUGGUCCCGGGGUGGUAUGCCAGCCACAUCGAGAGAUGGCUUGUUUAUUUUCCCCCAUUUCAGUUGCUAAUUAUUGAUGGGCAACAACUAAGAACUGAUCCUGCUACAGUGAUGGAUGAAGUACAGAAGUUUCUAGGAGUCUUGCCUCAUUAUAAUUACUCAGAAGCUUUAACCAAAUUUCAGCAUCAAAACUAUUUUCAAGAAGAAUCACAAUAAGCCCCCAAUGUCAAGAUUGUUGUUUAUUCUUUUCCACAAGUGCUAAAGAAAGCGUUCAAGACUUUUAAAGAUAUACAAAGUCACUGAAGAAUCUGUGAUGUCUUAAAAUGACUUAUUACUGUUAUCAUGGGUGUUAAGUGACAUAUUUAAUGUUAAUCUGAUUUUCUCAGUGAUUGUGUGAAUGAAAUAAGCAAAAUAAGCUUUAAAAAUAUAAAUAAGAACUUUCUCAUUCAAUCAAGUAAAUUAUAAUUUACAACUGUUGUUCCACAUACUCUUAAUCCCUAAAUGGGAUUAAUAUAUUAACAUUACUUUAGUUUUUGUGUUACAUGUUAUAUAGUGUUUUGAAGCAAUCAUUUGAAAUAAGACAGGAAAAACAAUGCUUAGCAUGGAAUUGUACUAAUUUGUAUACACUAAAAUGAAAAAUAUGAACUUUUAGUUUUGCCAUGAAUACAUCUAUUCACAAUAAUACCUAGCCAUCAAUGCCAAUGACAGAUAUCUUCAUGUUUAGAAAUACUAGUUAGCUAAAUACCUGAACCUGGCAUCUUUAUGUCUCAGUCAGUUAACCUAUUUGUCAAGAUGAAUGAAACCAGACUAUGUUAUAUGAAUUUUUAGUACUAAUUUACUUUGAAAAUGUCAAUAAAUGGGCAAUGAGAAGUUGAAAGCCGAGAGUUGAGUAUAGUUGUUUGUUUGUUUUGUGGACAGAGGUUAGCUAAGUCACGAAGGACUGAAGCUGCUUCAAAAUUCAGAAGGACUUCAAUAGCUUUUAAUAUAACUUCCUUGGCAACGAAAUUUAUAUUGCCCGGGAAUUGUUUUCCUACCCACUGUAGAUAAAUUUUAGUACAAAUGUACUACACUAAAACUUUCUUAUUAGCAAAUUAUAGUAGCCACAGUAACUAAAAUCUGCUGGUUCUCUGGAUGGCAUGAAAGAACACCUAGAAAUGCUGAGUAGGGAAAAGAAAAAAAUAGUCUAUUCUAAUUUCUUAUUAUAAAUUUUUAAGUGGUUGUAACAGUUCAAAAUAAAUAUACAUUUAUAUGUCCUAUAUAUCUCUCUCUCUUCAUAAAAACACAAUGUGAUACGUACAAUUAGCUCCAUUUUUUCAGAUUAAAAAAAACUGGGGCACAGGAAAGUUAAGCCAAAGGUCACUCAGCAAGUAAGUUGAGGAGGCAGGAUUGAAACUCAAUCAGUUAUCUCUGGAACCUACACUGCCAACCUGUUAAGCUCUUCAUAUUGGCACAGGAUGUUAGAACCACAGAAAAACAAUACUGUGAAUUUUUAAUAGUGAAUAGCAUAUUAACAGGAAGUGCUUCCUUAAAAAGAACUAGAACCUUAAAAUGAGCUAUGGAAGUUGUUUCAGAUUUUAUUAUGAAUAAAAUCCAUUUCCAGGUGCACUGGAUUUCACUUUUCUUCACAAAUAUGUAAUCAUAAAGAUAUGCAAAUUAAAAUAACAUUGAAAUACCACUACAUACCCAUUAAAAUGGGUAUAAUCCAAAAGACAAUACCAAUUUACUGUAUUAGUCCAUUCUCACGCUGCUAUGAAGAAAUGCCCCAGACAGGGUAAUUUAUAAAGAAACAAGAUUUAGGCUGGGUGGGGUGUCUCACACCUGUAAUCCAAGCACUUUGCAAGGCUGUGGCAGAUGGGUCACCUGAGGUCAGGAGUUCGAGACCAGCCUGGCCAACAUGGAGAAACUCGUCUCUACUAAAAACUCAAAAAAUUAGUUGGGCAUGGUGGCAGGCACCUGUAGUCCCAGCUACUUGGGAGGCUGAGGCAGGAGAAUCACUUGAACCUGGGAGGUGGAGGUUGCAGUGACCCAAGACUGCGCCAUUGCACUCCAACCUGGGCAACAAGAGCGAAACUCCGUCAAAAAAAAGAGAGAAAGAAAGAAAAAGAAAAGAGGUUUAAUUGACUCACAGUUUUACAUGGCUGGGAAGGCCUCAGGAAACUUACAGUUAUGGCAGAAACCAACUCUUCACAAGGAGGCAGAAGAGAGAAUGAAUACCAGCAGCGGAAAUGCCAGAUGCUUAUAAAACCAUCAGAUCUUAUGAGAACUUACUAUCACAAGAGAAACUGCCCCAAUGAUUAAAUUACCUCCAGCUGGUCCCGCCCUUGACACGUGGGGAUUAUUACAAUCCAAGGUGAGAUUUGGUGCGGACACAGAGCCAAACCAUAUCACAAAUGUUGGCAAAUAUGUGGAGAAACUAGAAUCCUCAUAUACUGCUAAUGAUAAUGCAUAAUAUAUGGCCACUUUGGAAAGCAGUUUUGCAGUUUCUUAAAAACUAAACAGAAUCUCACUCAACAAUCCAAUUUCACUUCUAGGAAUCUACCCCAGAAUAAAUGAAAACCUAAGUCCAUAAAAGCUAGUACGGGAAUGAUAGCAUUAUUCAUAAUAGCUAAAAACUAGAAACAAUACAAAUGUUCUUCAACUGGUGAAUGGCUUUGUUAUAUCCACACACCAGGGGGGUUUAAAAAAAAAAAAAAAAGGAAUGUCCAGAAAAGAGACAAAUGUAGAGUUAGAAAAGGUUUAUCUGGGCCGGGCAUGGUGACUCAUUGCUGUAAUCCCAGCACUUUGGGAGGCCGAGGCAGGCAGAUCACCCGAGGUCAGGAGUUCAAGACCAGCUUGGCCAAUGUGGUGAAACCCCAGUUCUACUAAAAAUACAAAAAUUAGCUGGGCGUGAUGGCGCACGCUUUUAAUCCCAGCUACUCCGGAGGCUGAGGCAGGAGAAUUGCUUGAACCCAGGAAGUGGAGGUUGCAGUGAGCCAAGAUCGUGCCACUGCAAUCCAGCCUGGGCGACAAGAGUCUAAAAAAAAAAGAAAGAAAGAAAGAAACAAAGACUUUAUCUGGAGCUAGGGAUGACAGCAGGGAUUGACUGCAAUGGGCUGCAAAAAUAUGGGUUUUGGAAGGAUAGUGGAAAUGUUCUAAAACCGGAUUGUGGUGAUAAUUGUACAACUAUAUAAACUUGCUAAAUAGUGCUGAAUUGUAUAUUUAACAAUAUGUAAAUAAUACCUAAAAAAAGUUGUUAAAAUAAAAUGCAUAUCAGUAAAACGAUUCCUUAAAUCAUAAAUGUGUCUGCCAAAAGAGAACUGAUUUUUAAAAACUGCAAUGCCUAUCCUAUAUUAGUAAUAUCUAAAUGAUGGUAUUUUGAUUUUGAAAUUUACUGAAUUGCUAUUUUCAAUUCAGUAUUCACCCAUAGAAAUGGUUUUUCGAUGUAAAGGCAUUUCAGACAUACUUUAGUCUUCCAAGUGUAAUCUGAAUGUGUUGUACGAUUAACCCGCACGAGGGUAGAAAUAAAGUCAUGUUUUCAUUAAUAUAAAAAUGUCAGCCAUGCACUGUGGCUCACGCCUGUAAUCCUAACACUUUAAGAGGCCGAGGCGGGUGGAUCACCUGAGGUCAGGAGUUCGAGACCAGCCUAACCAAUAUGGUGGAACCCCAUCUCUACUAAAAAUACAAAAAUUAGCCGGGCGUGGUGGCACACCCCUGUAACCCCAGCAACUCGGGAGGCUGAGGCAGGAGAAUUGCUUGAAUCCAGCAGGUUGAGGUUGCAGUGAGCCAAGAUCACACCACUUCACUCCAGCCUGGGCGAAAGAGCAAAACUCCAUCUCAAAAAGAAGAAAAAAAAAGUCACUGUUUAGAGGUUGAAUCACUGGAGAAUCUUGGUGCCCCUGCCCACAAGUCCUUUACAGUUAUUUCUAAAUAUCCCAGAUGAUAUUCCAUACAAGCUUUAGAACCAUUCUUACCCAUUCUUGUUUUACUCUUUAAAUCAACAAAAUGUUAUUGAAUAACUAUGUGCAUGACUCUGGAGACACAAUGAUGAACAAAGUAUCCCCACCUCCAGGUUAGGGUAGCCCUAGAAGCGGACACUAAACAAUAUAUGAACACUUCCUCCAAAAUGUUCACUGCCUGAAGGCCUUGAAAGGAGGGCCCCAGCCAUGACAAUGGUUGCCAGUGCUUACAUAAAAAGAUUGUUUCCUUG